AUGUCCGAACAAACCCAGUCCCAAGCGGGCCAAACCGUAGUAGACAAACUACAGGAAACGUGGGAAACUGUCUCUCGUACAGAGCGCCUCAUGUUUAUGAUGAACGACGCCGUUCUACCUUCGAUGCCCCGAGACACCCCUGAAGAAGCCGAAGAAUUCGAUCUCGAGUCCAUCAAGCAGGCCUUCCACAACGAGACAGGCAAACGUAUUUUAGAGAGAAUCAAGUACACUGCGGAAGAAGACGUCACUAUAGACAGCUUGGGAGCCAGCAGAACUCCGCUACAGAUUGACAUAUCAUCUGUUUUUGCCGAGGGGCAGCAGGAUCCCCAAGAAUGGCUCAACAAUCUUGCGGCCACCAUUGGCAAGUCUGGUCAACAGAGCAUCGUGCAGAGCGCAUCUUUGGCGCUGGGCGAUUCGUUCUCGCCCGACCAUGUAAUGCGCCGCAUCGCAACAUAUCUUAACGAUUCACUCCUAGAAGAAGCUGAAGGAGAUGCACUCAAGAGGUUUCAAGAAUCUUGCCGAGAGAUGUCGAAAGAAGACUUGGAGGACAAGCUCGAUCGCGCGUCAGGCCUCUGGAGGCCAAACCGGAAACUAUCGAUUUGGGAGAGCUUGGCUCCAUGGCAUGAGAACAACCAAUCUAUUGGAAAGCUCUCCGGCAAUGUCUUAUGUGAGUCUGCUGUGGAACUGGGUCCUUUCAAUCUUGAAUCGUUGGAUGAUGUCAAUGCGACGCUGCGAUCGGAAAUGGACCAAAGAGAGCAAGAUUAUCAAAAGCGAUUUGGUGAAAAUGCCCCCGAGGAUCUGAACGAUUCCCAAAGCCUUCCUGCAGAGCUGAGGGAAAUGAAUGAAAAAGUCAUCACCUCUCCUCAUUUCAAACAAUAUCUCGAGUUCGAACCCUCGUCCCAGAUCACCGAGGGCCUUACUCGCAUCUACGAGUCAGCAGAUGGGUCGCAGCCUCCCGAACAGCAAGAUAUAUUGCCUGCUCUCCGCAUCGAGCCCAGACAAUCCACGUUCAAGAAGCCGGGAUUUCUGCCGAUGAUGCGCAGUGCUCGAUUGUCCUUCUUCGAAGGGGUAGAUGAGGUCACCGCUGUCAUGUCCGACAAUCCUGACAACCAGUUCUUCCGACGUACUGGGAUGGUUCCUGACAAGAGGUCCGUAGAUUGGAACAACUUUAGGUUCCGACUUGUAGAGGAGAACUCCCUAGAUGCCCCUUGUAAGCUCGAGGAGCUUUGGCCAAUUCACGUCGAAGAUUUGACCAGCGCUGGUGAUGGAGAAGACGACGGGACGGCGGACGAGGAGAAGUCGCGAAGGUUCGCAGAUGAGGAAGAGUUGAGCACCUUGACUAACUGA